GCGCUUGAGAAAGAGAGAAAGACCAGAGAGAGAUGGAGAGAGACAUCGACGAUCUCCGGAAGAACAGAGCCAACUACACGGCGCUGACGCCACUCUGGUUCCUGGAGAGGGCGGCGGCGGUGCACCCUAACCGCAAAUCGCUGGUCCACGGCUCCGUUGAGUACACGUGGCUCCAUACUUACCAUCGCUGCCGCCGUUUAGCCUCCGCCCUCGUCAAACGCUCCGUCACCUUCGGAACCACGGUAGCAGUGAUUGCACCAAAUGUCCCCGCCUUGUACGAGGCCCAUUUUGGAAUUCCAAUGGCUGGGGCAGUCCUGAACACGGUCAAUGUUCGUCUGAACCCAGAAACAAUUGCCUUUUUGUUAGGGCAUUCCCUGGCUUCCGUCAUAAUGGUAGACCAAGAUUACUACAACCUAGCAGAGGAGGCUCUAAGCAUUCUAUCAAACAACACCAAGGGGAGUUUCCCAACUCCCCUUAUGAUUGUCAUCUCCGACACAAACUGUGAUCCGAAGCCAGCUCAAUAUGCCAUAGGGAAAGGUGCAAUUGAAUAUGAAAAGUUCCUGGAAUCCGGGGACCCAAACUAUGAAUGGAAGCCACCUCAGGAUGAAUGGCAUAGCAUUGCUUUAGGCUACACUUCCGGAACUACUGCUAGUCCUAAAGGAGUCGUGCUUCACCACCGAGGAGCGUAUCUUAUGGCUCUUAGUAAUGCUAUUGUGUGGAACAUGACAGAGGGAGCCGUAUACCUGUGGACGUUGCCCAUGUUUCACUGUAAUGGUUGGUGCUUUCCUUGGACCCUAGCUGCUAUUUGUGGGACAAGCAUAUGUCUUAGACAGGUUACAGCUAGGGCUGUUUACUCUGCCAUAGCCAACCUAGGGGUGACACAUUUCUGUGCUGCCCCUGUGGUACUCAACACCAUUGUAAAUGCCCCAAGAGAAGACACCAUCCUCCCCCUACCCCGUCCCGUCAGUGUAAUGACAGCUGGCGCCGCUCCCCCGCCUACCGUCCUUUCUGCAAUGUCCCGCCGCGGUUUCCGCGUCACGCACACUUACGGCCUCUCCGAAACUUACGGGCCUUCCACAAUAUGCGUGUGGAAGCCCGAGUGGGACCUACUCCCUCCAGAAGCCCAAGCCCGCCGGAACGCCCGCCAGGGCGUUCGGUACGUCGGCCUAGAGCACCUCGACGUCGUCAACACCGAUGGCGACAUGACCCCCGUCCCACGAGAUGGGAAAACGAUCGGGGAAAUCGUGUUCCGAGGCAAUGUGGUAAUGAAAGGGUACUUGAAGAACCCUAAAGCCAAUUCGGAGGCUUUCGCCGGCGGGUGGUACCAUUCCGGUGAUCUGGCCGUGAAGCAUUCAGACGGCUACAUAGAGAUCAAAGACAGGUCGAAGGACAUCAUCAUUUCCGGCGGCGAGAACAUCAGCAGCGUGGAGGUGGAGAACAUUCUCUACCAACACCCCGACAUACUCGAGGUCUCAGUCGUCGCGAGACCCGACGAACAGUGGGGGGAGUCGCCUUGUGCCUUUGUGACCCUAAAGCCGGAGGUCAAAGACUCCGAUCACAAACGGUUGGCCUCGGAUAUCAUGAGCUUCAGCAGAUCAAGAAUGCCGAAAUAUUGGAUUCCGAAGUCGGUGGUCUUCGGGCCGUUGCCGAAAACGGCGACGGGGAAGAUACAGAAGCACCUGUUGAGGACGAAGGCGAAGGAGAUGGGAGCUGUGAAGCGGAGCAGGUUAUGAUCUUCAAGAGUAAAUGCAGGUUUGGCUCUAAUAAUUUGUUAAAUAUAUGAAUGAUGAUAAUCGAUUAAUCAUAGUUUUACUCAUAAUAUAAAUAUUUAAAACCUUUGGGUUUAUGUUAUUCUCUGUGUUUUCGUAUAAAUACUGGUUGUACGCCUCAAAAACUAUAAAUACUCAUUUAGUCAUUUUACAAGUGGACGGGAGGGGUCGAAUUCUUGAUAUAGUUUAUGAUACUAUGACUCUCUUAUUGG